UUUGAAACAAUAUUAUUCACUAAUAUGAAUUGAUUACAGGUCGUACUCUUCGGACAGAAGACGACUCAACUUUUCAUAAAACAUGAAUACGAUUAUGUUCUGGGGUAGGAUUCGCAGUAAAUUCAGGGAGAAACCUGAGUAGAAUCCUCUGAUCCCAUGCGCCUUGUAGGACCUUUUCGCCACUUUGAAGAAGCUGUUUCCUCUUGCAUCAUGGUUCCGAGUGUCGUGUUGGCGCGCACGGACUAGUUCAGACGGAUAGCUCACCAUCGAUGCUCACAUUUUGCUGAUAACGACACUCAGUGAGAUCAGGUCGUGAAGUAAACCAAAACGUGAGAAAGGUUAAGAAAUGACGCAAUCAAACCGGUGUAAAGAGUAAGUGGGCCUUCCUUUUUACAAACAUGACGGAGUGAUCCGAAUAAGCUUUUAUACUUGAUUUCAUAGUUAGGGUUGCCUUGGGACUUAAAGACCUCAGCCAUCAUUCUUGUCCUGAUUACCCAAAUUGGGUUUGUCAAGAUUGAUGCACAUAGACCAGCAACUCCACAUGAAGUAGAGACUACGCUCAAAGAGCUUUUAUCUUGCUCGAAUUUUUGAGCAAAUGUAAGUCUCAAUUUCUCGUAUAGAGGGAAGUAGAAGGAAUUGAAGAUGGGAGUUCAAAUUAGAGCAGCUCUAUAGCCUCUGAACAUCCCUGCAAUCCCCUCCUGUUUCCAGAUUUUAGAGUAAGAUUUGUGUAUUUUAUUAUACAUCUCUACCUUGUACUGCUUAUCAUUUUGAACUUGCAUCCGGGUUUUGAGGACUUCGAUAGGGGAUGUCACAGUCACUCCUACUAUUGUUGACAUGUAAGAUGCAACCCAUCUUGCUUUUGAAGAAGGCUCUCGAACAAGCCCUUCAGGCUUUGGAGGGAUCACAUAUCUCUGCUUCCUUGAGAGUAGAUAAUAGGAAGGCUCGUAUGAAGGACUAAUUUUCCCUUGGCUACCCGGCUGCUCUUUCAUAGUGGUAGUGAGUAUAA